UCCCAUAAACCCCCUCGCAGGACCACAACUCACCCGGAGAACGCUGGAAUCACAUGAGGUUCAUUGCUGUGCAGCAACUGAAGAAGCACUAAGGCUCAAAUGUCCACAAACACAGAAACUCGGAGAAGAGCAGUCAGCGACAACAGUGAAAAUCCAGAGCCUCAGUGGGACCAUGUUGGUGCCAGAAGUUAUUCUGGUGUUAGGGAACACCUUCCAGGCUCCUUCUGUGACAGAGUGUGUGUGGAUCACUCGCAUGCAAACACACCUGAAUGCGUCCCAAAUGCACCUUGCAGCCUCCAUUCUUGCGGCUGUUACACACCCAAACACAUUCACAGAGGUCACAGCAUGCACUCAGCUGAUGAACCGUGGGAAGAUGUUUUAUGCAAGACCACUUUAAGUGCAGAGAAUGAGGUGGAGGCACAAAAACUUGCCAAUAAUUACAAGUUUGGAUUCAGAAAGUGGAAGAGCCAUGUGACUGAACGACCCUUUGAAGAUAGAUCUGAGAUUGUGAAGGAGCUUUACUCAGAACUGAACGUCAUUAAGCCAAGCUCAGGCCCUUUGCUUACCUGUGGCAAUGUGCUGUAUGUGGUUUUAUUCGGCUGGUGGGUCUCUCUGAUGUAUCUUCUCAUUGGCAUGCUGAUGUUUAUCACCAUUUUUGGAAUCCCACAUGGGCAGCUGUGUUUCAGACUGGCCUGUUAUUUCCUAUGGCCUUUUGGGAAAGCAGUUGAGAAGGCGAGUGGUUCACUGUCUAAUGUCAGCGUAAUCCUUCACAAUGACGAUCUGCUUGAUGACGAUGAUGACACCAAGACAACGUCCCCCCUCUUACUACCCACCCCAGAGGAGGAUAGGCCUCCCGAGAAGCUCAACUGGAAGAGUGUAAAUGUGUAUGUGUGGCUGUUACUGGGAUAUCCGCCUUUGGCUGUGACUCACUGUUUGCUGGGGCUGCUCUCCUGGCUCCUGGUCUUUACCAUCCCUGUGACUAAAAUGAGCAUCAGGACUUUGCACACAAUACUGCUAAUGCCCCCUGAGCAAGUUCGCAUUAGCUCCAGCACUGAGUUUUUCACUGAAUCUCAGGAAGGAGAAGGAAAAGCCAUCCUCUGCUGCUACCAUGCAGUGAAUAUAUACUACUACAAGUACACAGUUGAUGGGAUCAAUGUGUUUGCUGUCAAUCUCCUCCCUCUAGUCGUUGUCUCAAUGGUAAUUGGCUAUGUGGACCAAGGCAACCAUUUUAUCAGCUCGGAGGUUAAAUUUGCCACAGCCAUAUGUUCUAUCAUACCACUGUCCUACUACAUUGGUAUGGGCAUUGCCAGCAUAUCAGCUCAAAGCAACUUUGCAGUUGGAGCAGUGGUCAACGCCACAUUUGGCUCCAUCACUGAGCUGACUUUUUACAUCACAGCGUUGCUCAGGGGUCAUCGGCAGAACAGCAAGUGUUUAGAGGAGACUGUGAAAUCUGCACUGACUGGCACACUGCUCGGAUGCAUCCUGUUUAUUCCUGGGAUCUGUAUGAUCAUUGGCGGGCUAAGGCACAGGGAGCAGAGGUUUAAUAGCCGCUCAGCAGGAGUCAGCUCCUCGCUGCUCUUCAUAUCAAUUGGAGGUGUGUUUGCUCCUACACUCUUCUCUAAAGCCUAUGGGAAUCUGGUGUGUGAAAACUGCACAAACUCCUCUGGGACCAAUAGCAGCAAUGGAACUUUUACCUGCAAAAACUGUCAUUAUGACCUGAGUGAAGACAACUACACCCUGUUUCACAACCAUAUAGAACCACUAGUAUACACAGUUUCAGUUCUGCUGCCAGUGUCCUAUAUCAUCGGCCUUCUGUUCACCCUGAAGACCCACUCACACAUCUAUGACAUCCAUGUUAGUGAAGGACAUGCGACAAGUCAUCUGGAUGCAGUGGUGCACUGGUCUCGCUGGAGAGCUCUGCUCAUCCUGAUCAUUGCUACAGUGCUGAUGUCUGCCUGCGCUGACCUCACUACAGAGCACAUUCAGCCCAUAUUAAACCAACCCUGCAUCUCUCAGUAUUUUAUAGGUGUGACCGUUUUGGCCAUGGUGCCUGAAAUUCCAGAGAUAGUCAAUGGAAUCCAGUUUGCUCUGCAGAAUAACAUCAGCCUCAGUUUGGAGGUGGGGAGCUGUAUUGCAGUUCAGGUGUGCAUGAUUCAGAUCCCUAUUCUGAUCCUGUUCAACGCCAUUUACGAUGUUGGAUUUGUGCUCAUCUUCAGUGACCUUCAUCUGUGGGCCAGCAUUUUCAGUGUCAUCCUUGUCAACUACAUCUUCAUGGAUGGAAAGUCUGAUUACUUUCAAGGUACUGCUCUGGUGGUGGUGUAUCUCAUCCUUCUUGCACUCUAUUUCUUUGCUCCCUCACCUGCUAGCUGUUGAAGAGGUGAAGUCUUGUUUAGCUCUUAUCCUUAACCGUACUAUACAAGACUGACCAGUAGCUAUUGCAUUAAUACACCUACAUCAUCAAAUUUGCUACCGACUGUUGAAUGUAAAGGUUUACAUCAUUAGAGUGUGUGAAUAGGUACUGUUGUGUCUUGUCAGAUUGUGCUGUUUUAGGGCAUGAUUGGGUCUGUUACUUGAGAUUUGUCUGAUGCACUGAGAAAGCUUUGCACUGUACUGAAGUGGCUGUUGAAUGUCUUGAAUAAGAUACAAAAUGAAAAGCACUUUUACGCAGUACACCAAAUGCUUGUCCCUUUAUGCAUUAGAGUGUUGGUGUUAUUGUGCUGGUCUCUUUGUGUCUAGCCAGUUUACUAUAGAAAUUGCUCUUUAGUAAACUUCACUGUAUAGCUGUGAAUGGUUUACAUUCAAAUCUUCGCAAAUAUGUAAAAACGCAAAAUUGGAUGUUAGAAUUAACAUUCUUGCAAAUGAUCUAUAUUAUGUGAGCAAUAUGAUGCCAGUGCUUCGGAAAAGCAGGUGUGUUUUGUUGUUUAAUGUUGUCAAAAUACAGUAAUUGAAAUAAUGAGAUGGCAAUGAUGAAAAUUCUGUGAUUUAUUUCUGUAUUUUUAAAAAAGUAAAAAAAAAAAAGUUUAAAUAUUUUACAUUACAAAUUUUGGAUUUUUGUAAUGUAGUAAUAAUAAUACAUAGUAACAGGCUUUUUGUUUUUCUAUGAAAAUUCUAAAUUUAACAAUGUUUACAUAAUAACUGGUACCAUACAGAUGUUUGUGUUAUUUCAACUUAUUUUUCUGUCUAAAUGAUUUUGAAACGAUUUUGAAAUGAAACUAUUAUUGCUGCUUAUUAUAUUAUCAUCCAUGUGAUACUUAUUAUUAUAUAAUUGCAGUUGAUAAAUGCCUAAUAAAUAAAAUGUUUAUUUAUUUAUUGAAGAUUUCAAGCGCACAGUACCAACUAAGUUUUUUUUUCUGCAGUAAAUUCCUAGCAGAUUUUUUGUUUAAAUAAACAGUGAAGUCUGUUAGAAUAA